AUGUCCAAAUUUUCCGUCGGCGAGAACCGCCCUGGUCCCUCAGCAAGCGAUACCAGUUCUCGAUGUGUCCAACCAAGCUCGACGACAUACUCAACCUACAGCCAGGAGAUCAUGGGCCACAAGCCAGCCUCCCGCCGCAACUCAAACACCACCCCGUCUCGCCCUUCCAGCCCUACCCCCCCAGCCCACGCUGAUCACCUCGCACCGUUCGGCAACGGCGACCCGCUGUUCCUCUCCACGGCCUCCCCCGGCCAGGACGUCCCGUACCACAACAUCAACCAGGACAAGGUCAACCUCAAGCACGCGCUGGAGGACCUCGCAAGGCAGUCCCCCAACGGCAGCACCAACGGCCACGCCGACGGUGACGGCCAAAACAGCAACAAGCGUCCCAAGAGGGACGGCGCCGGCAAGUCCUCCCCUGUCAAGGGCACCGUUUCCAUCACGACCCGAAGAAACGGUCUCAAGGACGUGGAGGGCUCCUCGGUCAAGGACGCCAAGGCCCGCAAGAAGUCCUGA